GGGGGAGGGUCUCCACACCGUUCCGCGUGGCCACGAUGAUCCCUCCCAGCGGCACCCGAGAGGACAGCGUGGACGGACUGCCCCGGGAGGCGGCACCGAGCACGGAGCAGCCGCCCUCUCCUGCGUCCACCAGCAGCCUGGAGUCCAAGCUCCAGAAACUAAAACGAUCACUUUCUUUCAAGACUAAGAGUUUACGGAGCAAAAGUGCUGACAACUUCUUCCCGAGAACCAACAGUGAUGUGAAGCUACAAACAGAUGUGCUGGCAGAGGUUAGCCCUGGCCCCAGCCCUCUGCCCACUCCUGGAAGCCUGACAUCCACGCCCACCAGAGCGGGUCUGCAUUCCGGCAGUGGCAAGGCCCAUGCUUUCCAGGAACACAUCUUCAAGAAGCCUACCUUCUGUGAUGUCUGCAACCACAUGAUAGUGGGAACAAAUGCUAAGCAUGGACUGCGCUGCAGAGCCUGUAAGAUGAGCAUCCACCACAAGUGUGCAGACGGCCUCACACCCCAGCGGUGCAUGGGCAAGCUGCCAAAGGGUUUUCGGCGUUACUACAGCUCCCCCUUGCUCAUUCAUGAGCAGUUUGGAUGCAUUAAAGAAGUCAUGCCCAUUGCAUGUGGCAAUAAGGUGGACCCUGUCUAUGAGACCCUCCGCUUCGGGACUUCCUUGGCCCAGAGGACGAAGAAGGGGAGCUCUGGCAGUGGCUCUGACUCACCUCACAGAACCUCUACAUCAGAUCUCGUGGAGGUUCCUGAAGAAGCUGACGGGCCAGGAGACGGGCCUGACCUGAGGAAGAGAAGCAGCAGUGUAUUUACAUAUCCAGAAAAUGGCACCGAUGAUUUCAGAGACCAAGCAAAGAACACAAGCUACCACGGAUCUCUUUCCAAAGACCCAUUACAGAUGAACACCUACGUUGCCUUGUACAAAUUUGUGCCACAGGAGAAUGAAGACUUAGAAAUGAGUCCAGGAGACAUGAUUACUCUUCUAGAGGAUUCCAAUGAAGACUGGUGGAAAGGAAAAAUUCAAGACAGGAUUGGCUUCUUUCCAGCCAACUUUGUCCAGAGAGUACAACAAAAUGAGAAGAUUUUCAGGUGUGUUAGAACCUUCAUCGGGUGCAAGGAGCAGGGACAGAUAACACUGAAAGAGAACCAAAUUUGCGUGGCUUCUGAAGAAAAAGAAGAAGACGACGAAGAAGAAGAUGGCUUCAUCAGAGUCCUCAGCGGGAAGAAGAGAGGCCUUGUCCCCCUCAAUGUUCUAGAAAACGUCUGA